CCUGUCCCCGGAGAUCCUCUUCUCCCUGGAGAGAAUGGGGCACGGAGAUGAGAUCGUUCUUGCAGACGUGAACUUCCCCAGCAGCUCCAUCUGCAGAGGCGGCCCGGAGGAGAUCCGCACCGACGGCCUGGGCAUCCCCCAGCUCCUGGAGGCUGUGCUGCAGCUGCUACCCCUGGACACCUACGUGGAGAGCCCGGCUGUGGUCAUGGAGCUGAUGCCCAGCGACAGGAAGAGGGGCCUGCUGACCCCAGUGUGGGCGAGCUACCAGUCCAUCCUCUCCAAGGCUGGCUAUGAGGGCUCCCUGGGGAUGGUGGAGAGGUUUGUGUUCUAUGAGCGGGCGAAAAAGGCUUUUGCUGUUGUGGCAACUGGGGAGACAGCCCUCUACAGGAACCUCAUCCUCAAGAAGGGGGUGCUGGCACCCAAAGACCUGUGCCAGGCCUGUUGA